UUGUCUUCCAUGUAGCAAGCACUUUCAAGCAGGCUGUUUUCUUGGACACGCCUAGCUAGCUAGCUUUCCUCCAACACCGCGCCGGUUAUUGCAAUUCUAUUCCCUGGAAACCAUGGCCGACCAGGCCUCGGGAUCCGCCCGGCAGCCCCAGCAUGACGCGGUGCUCCAGCAGCGAGUGGCAGCCCUGGAGCAGGAGAGAGCUGACUUUGUCAAGCGCAAACAGCAACUGGAGUCUGAGUUCAACCAGAAACGGGCCAAGUUCAAAGAGCUCUACCUGUCCAAAGAAGAGGAACUGAAGUGCCAGGCAGCGUCUCUGGAGGGGGCCCAGUCGGAGCUGAGUCGUGUACAGGCCCAGCUGGAACAGGCCCAAGCUGACAUGGAGAACAUCAAGGCGGUGGCCACUGUGUCAGAGAGCACCAAGCAGGAGGCCAUUGACCAGGUCAAGGGACAGUGGCAGGAGGAGGUGGCCUCCCUACAGGCCAUCAUGAAAGACACAGUGCGUGAGUAUGAGGUGCAGUUCCACCAGCGCCUUGAGCAGGAGCGUGCCCAAUGGAACCAGUACAGGGAGGUGGUGGAGAGGGAGAUGGGCGAGCUGAGACACCGCCUCUCUGAGGGCGGCCAGGAGGAGGAGAACCUGGAGAACGACAUGAAGAAGGCCCAGGAAGAUGCAGAGAAGCUACGGUCAGUGGUAAUGCCUAUGGAGCAGGAGAUAGCAGCUCUGAAAGUCAAACUGACUGUGGCAGAGGACAGGGUGAAGGAGCUGGAGGCCUCGAAGGUAAAGGAGCUCAAUCAUGUCCUGGAAGCAGAGAAAUCCUGCCGCACAGACCUGGAGAUGUACGUGGCGGUGCUCAACACUCAGAAGUCAGUCCUUCAGGAGGACGCAGAGAAACUACGAAAAGAGCUCCACGAAGUGUGUCACCUCUUGGAGCUGGAGCGGCAGCAGCACAACCAGCUGAAGCACACUUGGCAGCGGGCCAACGACCAGUUCCUGGAGUCACAGAGGCUGCUGAUGAGGGACAUGCAGAGGAUCGAGAAUGUGCUCUCUUCUGAGCAGCUCCGGCAGGUGGAAGAGAUUAAGAAGAGGGACCAGGAGGAGGAUGAGAAGGAAAGGAUCAGCCAGGCCAAGGAGCAGAACGAGGAAGACAGGACAGAAACCGAACCUUUAGAAGACUCAUUCCUUGGGCUCAGUAUUGAAGAGCCCCACAGUGCCCACGGCUCCAUGCACUCCUUAGACUCUGACCUGGUGGCAGGGGGCCCUAUGGACCUCUACAAAGACGGCCUUCGGAGGGUCCAGUCCACAGACAGCCUGGGUUCCUCUCCUGGUCUCCAGGGCCUGGGUGGCUACAACCAUAAGGCCAAGUCGGCCAGCCACCUAGAUGAGUCCGACUUCGGACCCCUGGUGGGGGCGGACUGCGGGGCCCCUGAGGGCCUGGCGGGCUUUGGGGACACGCUAUCGGUCAGCUCCAUCCAGCUGACGGCCGGCCACUUCCUACUCACGAAGGACCAGGAGAAGGCUAUAAAGGCCAUGACGCCGGAGCAGGAGGAGACGGCCUCGCUGAUGUCCAGCAUCUCCCACGCCCACGACACCACCUUCCUGACCCCGUCAGGCUACCGCCUGGUCAGUGACCAGGAGUGGAACCUGCUUCAGCAAGAGGUGAAGAACGCAGGAAGGAAGUUGGGACGGCGGUGUGACAUGUGCUCUAACUACGAAAAACAGCUGCAGGUCAUCCAGGGCCAGGAGGCAGAGACACGCGAUCAAGUAAAGAAGCUCCAGGUGAUGCUGCGGCAGGCCAACGACCAGCUAGAGAGAACCAUGAGUGAAAAACAGGAGUUGGAGGACUCUGUGAAACAGGGCAACGAGGAAACCACUGCAAAGGUCGCUGCUCUCAUGCACAGAGUCCAGGAGUCCGAGUCACUGCUUAAAACACUACAAGAGGCCUUCAGUCAGGCCAAGAGGAACACACAGGAACAGAUGGCUGUGCUGAUGCAGUCCAGGGAGCAGGUUGCGGAGGAACUGAGCAGACUGCAGAGGGACAACGACAGCCUAACAGGCAAACACCGACUCCACUUAUCUCUCCAGCAGCAGGAGGACUUCAAACUACCCACCAUGGUGCAAGAACUACAAGCCCUGGUGCUGCAGUUGCGGGAGGACAUAGUUGUGGUGCGCACGGCUGCAGACCACCUGGAAGAGAAGCUGAAGGCGGAGAUCCUGUUCCUGAAGGAGCAGCUCCAGGCAGAGCAGUGCCUCAAAGAGAACCUGGAGGACACACUACAGCUAGAGAUAGAUGGCUGCAAGGAGGAGAUAGCGUCAUUAUCCAGUCUGAAAACUGAGCUGGAGCGAGUGAAAGCUGAGAAAGAACAGCUGGAGAGCAGCCUGGCAGAAAAGAGGAAGACAUUAGCGAGUGUCCAGGGUCUGAAGAGCAGUCUGGAGGAGCAGCUCAGAGAGCUCACCACAACCAAGACGGCCCUGGAGGCUCAGGCAUUGGAUGAGAAGGACAAAGCCCUGCGGUUGCAGACGGAGCUGGAUGUUAGUGAGCAGGUGCAGAGGGACUUUGUCAAGCUCUCCCAGACACUCCAGGUCCAGUUGGAGCGGAUCAGACAGGCUGACUCUUUAGACCGUAUCCGAGCCAUCCUCAACAACACCAACUUGACUGACAUCAGCCAGCUCCCAGAGACAUGAUACCCUUGGCUGAAACUCCAUUCUCCCUCCUGCCCCUCAUUUCCCUCUAUCUCAUUGGCCUAAUGACAUUCUCCCACCUUUCCAGGCCACUCCCCCACUUCUACCACCCAAUUGAAGGGCUCCGGAGGGAUAAGAGGGGUGUGGGUGUUUUUAAAUUAAGUCUAAAUCCAAGAUGGAGGAUGUCUAUCAUUACAGGAGAAAAGGCCUUUUCUGUAUAGGAUUUGAAGCACACAAGGCAGGAGUGAAGGUGAACACUACUAAGAGGUUGUAAAUAACUAAAUGACUGUUUCCUGCAGAGUGGUAAUUCUUGUAUCUUUCCUGUGGUUCUACUGUAGACAUUGGACUGGCCAUAUUAGCCCAACCAAAGGAGGAGUUUGUAGUCUUCUUCUAAGUCACUUUCAUCUACAACUUCUCUUUCAGGUAAAGGGAACAAAUGGAUCCAUACAAUUUCUGCAAGUGGUUAAUAAAAUGUUCUCGCUCCACUUAGUUUCUUACUUAGUCUUGCCCCUUAUGUUUACUGUUAAUCUCCUUUUCUCUCUCCAUGCAAGGGUUUUUCUGUAUUUUUACUAUUUAGACUUCAAUUUUCCGAUUGACUGACCUUCAUGUCUUAAAGUAAUGAUGGACUGUCAUUUCUCUUUGCUUAUUUGAGCUGUUCUUGCCAUAAUAUGGACUUCGUCUUUUUCCAAAUAGGGCUAUCUUCUGUAUACCACCCCUACCUUGUCAAAAUACAACUGAUUGGCUCAAACACAUUAAGGAAAGAAAGAAAUUCUACAAAUGAACUUUUAACAAGGGAAAGGGGAUACCUAGUCACUUGUACAUUUGAAGGCACACCUGUUAAUUGAAAGGCAUUCCAGGUGACUAUGUCAAUGGAAUGGAUAAUCCAUAGAACUAACUAAUUGACUAAUUCUUCUGAAGGGUGGAUUUUUCAUGGUCUGGGAUCACCAUUGACAAUGUUCCUUUGAUUACAUUUUCAGUGUCAUGCCUGAAUGUUAAUGGUAACUCAUUGAUGAAAAGUUUCUCUGACUUUUGUCCCUCUUGCUGAGAAAAUGCACUCUUGUCUCUACUUUUUCCUAUGUAUUUCAUAUUUCACUCGUAUAGUUUUGUUUCUGGCUGCACCACAAAUACUCUUUUGAAAUGAGGGGGCUUUGACCAGGAUAUGUCAUUUGUAAAGUAUGUCCACAUUGAACACUACCUGAUUCAUCAACACUGUCCCUAGUGUCAUGGAGUUUCUGGCACAACUUCUUGAGCACAUUCUGAAGUUGCUUAAAGGCCCAGUGCUGUCAAAUGUGAUUUCUACGCUGUUUUUAUGUCAUAUUGUACAACAGUUGAUGAAACUAACACUGAAAAGUGUUAUUUCCUGAUAGUUGCUGGUUGAAAAUACAAUCUACACAGGACCUUCUAAUCAGCAGGUUUGCAUGGGUGGGGGUUUUGGCUUUGUGUAGUGACAUCAGCAUGUGUUAAAUUAGUCAAUAGACCAAUAAAGAGUUGCAAACCUCUGUCAAUUACAGCUGGUAUUCAGUUUUCCCCUCCCCACUCAGACCACUGCCAGACAGUACUAACAAAAUUCUUGCUUGAGUUUUUCCUAAAAAGUAAUUUUUUACCAAUUUGAUUGGAAAUCUAUUAUAGUAAGGUACCUUAUUGUUACCCAGAAAUGAUUUGAUAUUAAUAUAAAAAUGGUUCAUUUGAGCCUUAAGUGUAGGUGUCAUGUCUCAUUGGAAAUGAUGAAUAAUGUGACAUCUGACUCAUGGUCAGGUUUUACUAGGUUUCCAUGGAACUUGUUGAGUACUCUUCCUGUUAAAUUAGAUCCAUGUUGGUUUCAUGUCCCUUUUUCUUGGACAGAACUGUCAAAUCAUCCUGACUGAUAAUCACUGAACCCUAAGUGGGCACUAGGAGAUGGAAUUAUUGAAUCAGAAUGAAUAUGGUUUUGGCAAUGAAGGCUAUGAUCAUUACUAAUAGCAAGAGCUGUACAAAAUAGAGGUCUCUAGGAUCAGAAAAGUUCACCAAUAUAAUAACACACAUUUUCAAUAUGGUUUGUCACUCAAGCAAUCCCAUCAGGCCGUUCACACGAAAGAGAAUGGUUGGCUUUGGGGAGAAACUUUCCACAUUUGAAUAAUCUACUUAAUACAGCCUUUUAGAAACACGUAAUGCACCGUGAAGUAUUUGCAUUUUAAUUUCUCUAAAGGAAUGAACCUCUAGGCAAGGAUUUUAAAUGGUGGUAGUGAUGGACUUAACAGUUUGUGGAUUUAAUUGUGUGUGGUGGGUAAAAUGCAUUUUCAUUCAUUAGCUGAGGUGACCGUGGUGCUUACAGCACUUAGGGUUGCUCUAUGGAAAAUGUUUAGACAUGACCGCAUGGUUUAUUGCUUUUAACUGUUGUAAAACAAUCAUCCUUAUAGGAGAUGUUUCCUUAACACUGAACAUAAUUCGACAAUGUGAUUUUUAAGGAUACAUUGAGAUCAUUGAUCUUUGACUUGCAUGUACUACAUCUGUAUCAAUUGGAUAAAUCUGUAAAUGUCUUGAGUUUAUCAGAAUCUUGCUAUGUUUUGAGAGGAUAUGAGUAAGGAAGUCAGAUUAACUUGCGCUGAAAGAAAUGAAUGUUUAUGGCUUGUAAAAUGAUUGAUUCUGUGUAAUAUUGUGAAUUCGGUUUAGACCUGGGUUCAAAUACAUGUGUAUUUUAAGUAUCAAAGCUCUAUCAUUAUAGUGAUAAUCACUAGUCACUACAACAUGUUCACAGUACCCCAUUCAUUUCGAAGGAGAUGAAUAUCUGUCUAUUUCAAAUUGAAUUCUUAACAGUCAGCAUUAACAAGGCUUUUUGGUUCUAUCAUUUCUAUGGAAUAACUUGUCUACCCUUCUCUUGAAUAGUGCUGCUGUGUGUUAUUGUCCUCAAACAACCCCUUUUAUUUGGGCUUUGCAUAAACACAUUUCUUGUGCUCCUACAGUUACUGAAAUUCCAAUGAAAAAUGACAGUGGCUUUCAGUUAAGACCGUUUUAAUUUAGGAUUUCACUGUGGCGUAAUGUUUCCUGCAGAACAGUCAUUCUGAUAAUGGUGGGAGGAAUGCUUUGAUUCUUCUGCUAGGGCCUCUUGCAAAUGUAUAUACAGUACUGUGUACAUUUCUGUAUAUACCUAAUAAACCAAAUUGUACUUUAUAGAA